AUGAACUCUGAAUUCCUCAGCCCGCUCAUGAGUCCCUUGGUCCCCUGCUCCCGGAGCCGUGUUCUGCGCGGCACUGACCUGAGCGAGCGCCCCGGGGCCCGGGACCUCGCGCCGGGCUCACACCGACUAGGCGCGCUCGGGCCGCCAGAGCUUCGCAGCGGCCGGGUCCGCUCCGCAGCCAUGGCGCCUGCGGGGAGAGGGAGAAGACAGGCCGAGACGGCUGGUCAGCAACGCCGCCCGCGAUCAGAAUCCCUGCCCAAGCCCGCCCAGCCCAGAGCCCAUACAUACCUGGACCUACGGCCGCUGCUCUGGUCCGCAGCCUCACAGGGGAGCGGCUUCCGGUGCUGCUUGCGUCAUCUCCGCGCGUCCCUCCCGGCACCCAGCGCCCAGCUCCAGGCGGAAACGGCUGUACUUCCGGUCCCCGCCCACCCGGAAGGUGACAUUCUGCAGACUCGGACUCACCAGUGGUGUUUCAUUCUGUUUAAUGCCAUACUAUUUCAUGCCUUGCUCUUUGGAGCUGACUUUGUGGAAGAAUACUUUUUAUGUUCUUUGCCUCAUGUUGAUAUGAAAAUUCUUGAAAUUAAGAACAAGACAAGAAAACUGAAUGUGGAAUCCAUAAGUAAUCCUUCCAAAUAUUAUGUUCUGAGCCAGCCAGGCACCAUCUUUCUGCUCUCUCUUAUCUUCAGUAGCCCAGGGAGUGGAACAAGGAGGGAGCUCACCAGAAAAACCUGGGGCAGUGUGACCAGUGUCCAAGGAUACCCAAUUCUCAUACUCCAGGCAGAGAUAGUUGCAGCGUCUCAGAUGAACGAUGAUAUUAUUGAAGGCAUCUUCUUGGACAGUACAGAAAACCAAACCCCGAAAGUCAUCUCAAUGACCCAGUGGGCUGUGGCCUUCUUUCCUAAUGCCCUAUUCAUUCUCAAAGCUGACAAAAAGAUGUUCAUCAAUCUCUCAGGCUUGGUUGACUAUCUCCUCAGCCUAAAAGAACACCUGGAAGGUAUCUAUGUAGGAAGAGUUAUUCCUAACAUAGACCCCCACAGCCAGGAAUUUGUCCCUCUUAGUGAGUACCCAGAAAAAUAUUACCAAGACUACUGCAGUGGUGGGACAUUUAUAAUGUCCCAACAUGUGGCUCAGAUGGUGUAUGUGAUCUUGAAAGAAGCACCUAUAAUGGUACCCGCUGAGGUAUUUGUAGGGAUUUAUGAAGGCCUUACACCCAUCCACAGCUCAAGUUUUUCUGGGGAAAGACACAUUGUGUAUAACAGAUGUUGCUACAAGUUCAUCUUUACAUCCUCAGAAGCUACAGAUGCUGAAACUUUACUGGCAUGGAGAGAAAUAAAUGAUGGGAAAGAGUGUUUGCUGUUUGAGACUUACUAUGGGCUCAUUUCCUGCAAACUUCUGACAUACCUCAACAGCUUUCGACAUUUUCACAUGGGGGCCAAGCAAGGCAGUGCUGUGCACUUUGGUGACUAG